CACACUCAAAUUUUGUCCGUCCAUUCGACGCAACCCUGGCCACGCAGGACGGCCCACUUCAUAAAAUCCAUCGUCAUGUGCAGCACAUCUGGGCCGACUUUGCGGCGGCGUUGUCGUCGUCGUCUUCGCCCUUAAAACAAACACCGCCUCCUUAUCCCUUCUUUACAUCCGCCCUUUCCUUUUACAAAACUGAUCAACAUCUCUCAAACUUUUAUCCAUGAUCAUCUACUAACCCAACCCUUCUUUCCUCUUUCAAUUUUCCACUCAUAUAUUUGGUCCAAAUAUAAGGAGAAGUUGAAGUGGGAAUUUAAAUGGUGUUCAACAGUAAGGUGCUGCGUUGCCGUUCAAGGAGAAAACAGAGUAAACGUUUUGAGAACACUACAAGCACGGAUAAUGUCGAGGUGUCACCGAAUUCAGCAGCUGAUGCCAAGGCUUGUUGUACACAAACAGAGACUCCCUUUCAAGUGGCUGUUACAAUGGCAAGAGAUCGUGAUAUCUGUGUUUAUGCUGUUAAGCACCACUAUCCUCCGAUUGAUUCCUGUAUAGAGGACUUCCCACCUGUUGGCCGUGUUUCCCUUGUCAUUCAACCUGAAUCGAGAAAUGAGUAUUUGGAAACUUCAUCUGCCGAGUCCUCAAAUUCCAGUGCUCUUCGUGAUAUGCAUAUAUCGGCAAGAUUGAUGGAAGAAUUUAUGGUACUUGCCGGAGAUAAUACAAGCCAGAAUCUGGAGACUUGUGGGGUUCUUGGUGCUUUCCUUAAGAAUGGAACAUUCUAUGUAACUACCCUAAUAAUACCAAAGCAAGAAACAACUGCCCAUUCAGUAUGUCGUUCUUGUACUAAAUGGCAGUGCCAGGCAUUAAAUGAGGAGGAGAUACAUGCAAUACUGGAUGGCGAAUCUCUCUUUCCUGCAGGAUGGAUACAUACGCAUCCCUCUCAGACAUGCUUCCUAUCGUCAAUCGAUUUGCACACGCAAUACCCUUACCAGGUCAUGCUACCAGAGGCUGUUGCGAUUGUCAUGGCUCCAACUGAUUCCACAAGGAACUAUGGAAUAUUCCGGCUAACAAACCCUGGAGGGAUUGCCAUUUUAAAAGAGUGCAAGGAAAGCGGGUUUCAUUCACACCCGGAUACUUCUGAUGGAAGCCCUCUUUUCGAAUGCUGCAGCAACAUCUACAUUAACCAUAAUUUGCGGUUGGAGAUUAUCGACCUCCGCUCGUCUUCCCCACGGUAGAUGUUAUCACGUCUGACUGAUGCAUAUCUAUUUAUAGUUUUCUGUACGCUCAAGUUUGUUUCUGUUCCCUUUGGGUUGAUCAGUUAGAGAGUUGUGUACAUAGUAAUCCUAUUUUCUGUUCUAAAGAUAUGUAUAAUUUUGUUUCUUUAGCUUGACUUAGAAUUGUGAAAACUUAAGUGAUGUGGAGGUAGUGGUCUGCUAAUAAAUAGCAUCUUCUAGUCGACGAAAACAGGGAUGCUGUUAGGAAGCUGUGCAAUAACAGUGGUUUAAUUUGCGGUAGUAAGAGAUCAGAGACUACGAUGUGUUAUCUCUAUAAAAAGUUACUGGACUCUUUAUGAUAUAAUUUUGGACUGUUUAUGAUAUAAUGUUUUAGUUGCGUAUUUAA